AUUAUACCCAAAUAGAAAAUCGUAUCUCUGUAAGAGAAAAGGAAAACUGUUACCGAUUUGCAGAUAUCAUGCGUGCUUUAUACGUUUUCGUCAUAUGGUUUGCUUUACAGUACAAUAGAGAAAAUGUGAUGUGUCAAGUCCAAAGAUACACAUGGUUUGAUGCGCAGGAAAUAUGCAGAAUGAACAACAGCGUACUUAUCAAAAAAGCAAUGCACAAUUCAUCAGAAUCUUUCUGGAUUGGACAUUAUCGACGGAAGUCGACCUGGAUAAAAAUUACAGGAUGCUAUCCAGAGAAGAUACUUCAGACGUUCUCAGUGAGUUAUGAUAUGCAACAAAUACCCUCUGCAGGAUUUUGUCAAGAAAUAUGCUUGUCUUUCAACAAAACCGUUUUUGCAAUAAAGGGAUCAGAAUGCAAAUGUUUACACAAUCCUCCUAGUGUGAAUGAAGAAUUGCCAUCAGAUACAUGUAAUGUUACAUGUAAUAUCAGAGCUGAUGCCCAUUAUAUUGGCGAAUGUGGUGGACAAAUGGCUUAUUCAGUGUUUCAGUCAGAUAUGAAAAACAAUAAAUAUUCAACAAAUGGAUCAUUUUGUAUUGGUAUUCACUGCACAGCAUUUCCAAAAUUUUACUUUGAAAGUAACUGUAAUCAAAGCUUCAAAUCAUUAUGCCAAAGAUGUGAUAUUCCAGAGAAACGUCCCUUUGAAACAUGGUCAGGUGCAAUGAAAUAUUGUAAAUCUGCAAAUCCGUCCUCAUACUUAUUUUCCGAUGUAUUCUUGAACGAUAUCAACAAAACCUGUAUUUCAGUCAAUAGUGUAUUUACUCAACCUUCUUGGCUUGGAGUGGCUGCUGAAUUGUACAGCGGGAUUGAUUAUGGGAAUGAAAUAAAAGAAGAAGAAAAAGAAUAUUAUAAUGAGUGUAUGAAAUGCGAUACAAAUGAAUGCAAAUAUACAUUCUGUUCUGAAAAAUUAGUGGAAAAGGUAUAUUGUAUGAAGAAUGAUAAUCCUGCGGAGAAUUUCACUGAAAAUGGCCUUUAUUCGGAAUUUCAAAAUGCCAAAAAUCUGACCUGUAAACCUAAAGGAGAAAACAAACCUUCUUUACCAGAAGAGAGCAAUGUGUUCAAAAUAGUUAUCCCUGUAGUUGUUGUAAUUUCCUGUCUUAUUGGAGGAUGUUGUAUAGUUUUCCUGAAAUUACGAGAAAGAACACAGAAACAGUCAGCUAAAACAACAAACACUAGAAAUUGUGAGGAAAGGGGUAAGCAUCCAGAAUCUAAUAAAGAUGUUACUGAAGAUCACGACUACUUUACUCUUGAAUCUCAGGAAAAAUGCACAAAAAUAUCAAAUUAUCCAAAUGUCGAUUUCACACGUCAAUCUAAAGACAAUAAUUAUGAUCACCUUCGAGGCACAUUUGCUGGGACCGAAGUGGCAAACAGAGAGAACGAUUACGAUACAGUUAGCAAAACUACAAAACUAGAAUGUCACUUUACCUGGAAUACCGAAGAAAACUAUGAUCAUCUAAGAGAGAGGAUAGUCAACAAUGAAGACAAUAUAAAUUCUGGUUAUAGUCACGUCUCACCUCAUACUAGCGAACAAUCUGAUUAUGAUGUAGCUUCUAAAAUUAAUAAUACUGAAAUAAGCAGUAUAUACAGUCACCUGAAGACAAAUCAAUGACAUCAAGGAGUUAGUUCACCCGCAACUUUAACUUUCAAUGCUGAGCACUUGUCGAAGAAACAAUUAUUAUCAUUUUAUGUUUACGUUGUAUGUUAGACGCAGCGACGCGAAGGAGAAUACUUUCUUUAUUAGUAACAACUAUACGAAAUCAUUUUAGAUAUAAUACCUUUAAUAAUUUAAGAAAACUGCUUUUAUUUAUAUUGGUAUGUCCUAAAUCAGUAAUGUGCAAUACAUGUAGUAAAUAUGAGGCAUUCUUAAGACAAUGGACACUUAAAGAAAUUAAAUUAUCA